UGGCAACUCACUCUAACCCCUUGGCCAGGUAAGGAGGGUGUUCAGGGUCGGCAAGGAGGGAGGAGUAAGACAAGACCUGCGAGAACGUCAGUAGUGUUUGAGUGUUGGUGGCGUAAGGUUCUGUUACUGCGUGGUUCCCUCAUCACUCGGUUAGUGUGGAGGAGGCUCAGGUUUAGUACAAGUCCUCCCGAAGACCAAUAUGUCUACCUUAGGGUGGAGAAUCCUGCUACUGGUGGUGGUGGCAAGGGCUCUGCCAGAUCCCUCUUCCUCGUCCUCAAGCAGGGACAGGAGACAAGUGGACACAUCAAAUCUGUCGGAUGCAGAAUUACUUUGUCGGCUGACAUCUGCAGUAGACGGUAUCAAUGAGAAUUGUGACACACCUGCUUCCAAACCUGACACAGCUGUGAGUGGGAACUGCAGGUGUGCUCCUGCCUGGCAGUGCAAGGAUGACACUAGUCCUAGUGAGCUGACUGAUGGUGGAAGCUUCCUGACACAAGUGAAUGUGCGCACUAUUGGCAUCUCUUGUCCUACACCAGAGGAGGUGUGCUGCUUCAACAUUGAUGCCUCUCUACAGCCCCAAACUUUACCCUUCUCUCCAUCUUGUGGAAAGCGCAACUCUCAAGGAAUCGUAACCAAUUUUGUUGGAUUUGAGAAUCGCCAAUCUCAGUUUGGGGAGUUCCCUUGGAUGGCAGCUGUAAUGACAUCCCAGACGUUUGGACCGGACGCAGCACCUCUGUACAUCUGUGGGGGAUCACUCAUCCACAGCCAGAUAGUGCUUACUGCUGCCCAUUAUAUGCAAGAUAAGACAGCCAGUGAACUAGCUGUAAGACUUGGAGAGUGGAACUUCAGGGAACAGUCAGAAUCUGUGCCACAUCAGGAGUAUGGAAUUCAAGAGGUGUUGAUACACCCCAAAUACGUUGGCACCGUCUUGGCAUAUGAUGUGGCCCUUCUCAUCCUUGACCAGCCAGCAACACUUGGCCACACUGUUGACACCAUCUGCCUGCCACCACCAAACUAUGAUUUCAGAGACCACACAUGUGUUGUGUCUGGGUGGGGCAAAGAUAUGUUCAGUGAGACUGGUAAAUUCCAACAAAUCCUGAAGUCAAUUGAUCUGCCACCGGUGGACCACAACUCCUGUGAGAGAGCAAUGAGAACAACACGCCUGGGCACAAGCUUCAACCUGCACGAGAGUUUCUUGUGUGCUGGAGGAGAGGCCGGCAAGGAUGCCUGCGAGGGUGAUGGUGGCUCACCCUUGGCCUGCUUUAAGUCUACUGAUCCUAGUAAAUACUACCAGGCUGGUGUGGUGUCUUGGGGCAUCGGUUGCGGCCAAGCUGGCUUGCCAGGAGUUUACGCUGAUGUCAGCAAGGCUGUUCCAUGGAUUAAUACCAUUAUUCAGGAAAAAUUUGGACAUGAUGUAAGAAUUGGUGGUAAAUAAAAUUAUUUCUUCUCUCUACUCUAA